AUGCGGGCUGUUAUACUCUCAAGCUUGCUUUCCCUUUCCCCCGCAAUCCUUGUCGCCACAGCACGCGAAAGCGGCGCUAAUUGGCAAGCGCGUCAAAACCAUGCGCUUGAGGCUCGCCAGGAUCCCGCUGGGGUGGCAGACGAUGCAGCGGUGUCGACUUCAUUGCCGGCUUCAAACCCUGUCGCUGCACCGACCCCAGUGAAUAGCGGUCUGGUGAUUGCACCCCCAGCGACCACGCCGGUGGGUUCAGUGUCGGCCCCAGGCGUGGCCCCGACGACCUAUAGUUUCUCCUUACAAGCUACCAACCCAACCGCCGUGCCGCUUUCAAUGAUUACAGCGGCUCAAUCCAGCUUUCCAACUCGCCCCCUCGCCUCGACGGCAACCGCAGGAGCUAAACCCUCCUUCAUCCCCGGUGCCCCAGACUUGCCAGACGCGUCUUUACUUCUUCCCAUCAAUUAUCCAGUGAUGGAUGCUCCCCCACCGACGGAUUCACCUGAAGUCCAGCAAUGGAAACAGGACGUAGCCAAUUCUGGGAUCACUAUACCCGACUUUGCACCUACGAUACCAGGUGGCUGCGCCUUUAAUCAAGCGAUUGCGACUGAUCCCAACCGAUGCUGGUGGACCUGUACUGGGUGCACCCGUGACGCAGACAUCACCCAGUGCCCUAAACCUAUGCAAUGGGGGCUGACCUACGACGACGGCCCUGGUUUCUACACCUCUAAUCUCUUGCAGUACCUCGACGAAAAGAAACUCAAAUCGACUUUCUUCGUCGUGGGCUCGCGUGCCAUCCAGUUCCCUCGUAUCCUCCAGACUCAAUAUCUGGGUGAACACCAAAUUGCCGUGCACACUUGGAGCCACACCCCACUCACCACGCAGACCAAUGACCAGAUCAUCGCCGAGUUGGGUUGGACGAAGAAAAUCAUCAAGGAUGCCCUGGGAGUCACACCCAAUAUGAUGAGACCUCCCUUCGGUGACAUCGACGAUCGAGUUCGAGCAAUCUCUAUCGCCAUGGGCUUAACUCCUGUCAUUUGGACGCGCACUAGUCCAGUCUCUACUUUCGACACCGAUGAUUUCAACAUCCACAACGGCGUGACCCCCGUCUCAAAGGUGCUACAGAACUGGCAAAACAUCCUCUCCAGUGCGCAAGGAUUGGAUCACGGAUUCAUCGUCCUCGAGCAUGACCUCUUCCAGGAAUCAGUCGAGGUCGCCACUGGUUACAUCCUUCCUGAUGCCCUCGCGCACAACCCCCCUUUCAGCAUCCAGCCUGUCGUCCAAUGCCUGGGCAGGUCAAUGGGCGAUGCGUACAUCGAAACCAAUAAUAACAAGACCAAUCCUCCUCCAGGGACUUCCGGAGGAAGUAACGCGCAGGAUGGGGACUCGGACUCUGGUUUCGCUGGCCGACAGUUUGAACUACAGAUGAAUCCUACCACGCUAGGUGGUAUGAUUAUAGGCAUCUCUGGCUUCGCUGUCGGAUUUCUUGCGAUGCUUCGAGUUUAG